UUAUGGACUGAAACCUCCACAGACUCCAACAGCAUUCCAGACAAGAUGGUGAAGGUUGGAGUGAACGGAUUUGGCUGUAUUGGACGCCUUGUCACCAGGGCUGCUUUUAACUCUGGCAAGGUGGAUGUUGUGGCCAUCAAUGACCCUUUCAUUCACCUGAACUACAUGGUCUACAUGUUCCAGUACGAUUCCACCCAUGGCAAGUUCCAUGGCACUGUCUAGGCUGAGAAUGGGAAGCUUGUCAUCAACAGAAAGGCCAUCACCAUCUUCCAAGAGCGAGAUCCUGCCAACAUCAAGUGGGGUGAUGCUGGCGCUGAAUACGUGGUAGAGUCCACUGGUGUCUUCACCACCAUGGAGAAGGCUGGGGCUCACCUGAAGGGUGGUGCCAAAAGGGUCAUCAUCUCUGCCCCUUCUGCUGAUGUCCCCAUGUUUAUGAUGGGUGUGGAUCAUGAGAAGUACGACAACUCCCUCAAGAUGGUCAUUAAUGCUUCCUGUACCACCAGCUGCUUAGCCCCACUGGCCAAGGUCAUCCAUGACAACUUUGGCAUGGUGGCAGGACUCAUGACCACAAUGCAUGCCAUCACUGUCACUCAGAAGACUGCGGAUGGCCCCUCUGGGAAGCUGUGGUGUGAUGGCCGCAGGGCUGCCCAGAACAUCAUCCCUGCAUCCACUGGCAUUGCCAAGGCUGUGGGCAAGGUCAUCCCAGAGCUGAGCGGGACGUUCAUAGGCACGGCCUUCCAUGUACCCACUCCCAACGUGUUAGUGGUGGAUCUGACCUGCCGCCUGGAGAAAGCAGCUAAAUACGAUGACAUCAAGAAGAUGGUGAAGCAGGCAUCAGAUGGUCCCCUCAAAGGCAUCCUGGGCUACAUCAAGGACCAGGUUGUGUCUUGCAACUUUAACAGUGACACCCACUCUUCCACCUUUGAUGCUGGGGCUGGCAGAACCCUGAAUGACCAAUUUGUGAAGCUCAUUUCCUGGUAUGACAGGUAUGACAGUGAGUUCGGCUACAGCAACAGGGUGGUGGACCUCAGGGUCCACAUGGCCUCCAAGGAGUAAGUGCCCCACCACCACAGCGCAGUGAGACCAGAGGGAUGGAGAGGCCAUGCUGUAGAAGUCACUGCCCUACUGAGAAAUCUCCCCCUCACAGAUUCCAUCCCAGGCUCCCUAGAAGGGGAGGGGCCUUGGGAGCCCUGGCUCACUGCCCUUGCACACCAUCAAUAAAGCCCAUUGUACCCAGAAAAAAAAAGAAUCUUCAGGAUUAAGAUGUAGGCAGUCUGCAGACCACAUUUCAAAACACACUCCAUUAGAUUGCAUGCAGUUUGAAUAGGCUGUGUUGGCCUUUUGGAAGUGGUGCCUACGGGCACAGGCAAUUACAGGUCUCAAUAGAAUGGGGCACUUUGGAAUAUAAACCUCUGGACUGCCUCAUGAUGGACAUGGAUCUUUUUUUUGGACAUGGAUCUUUAUGUUCUAUGACAACUGUCUGCUAUCCAUGCUGUGGCUGGGAAUAGUUAGUUGUAACAUUCUCAGGCUGGAACUAUUCCCACUUGCCCUUGAUACUCUAAACUAGUGAUGAAAAACCUCUUAGAGCUUUCAGUGGUAACAGAACCUGAUGUGGUAUGCAUGCCAUAGUUUUUCCACCACUGCUCAAAACUCUGCAAGUCUGUCCUGGGUGCUCCAGGUUACAAUGGUUUGAACUCAAUGAUCACAAGCUUCUUGUCUCUAUUAAGGAAGUGUCUUACUAUCUUAAAAGUGGCUUUGAUCAGCAUGUGACCUUGGUUAGGACCAACUUUCUGGAGAUCUUGAGCAUGAGCAGUGAUCAAAGUGCUCAGGUCUUCCUGUGACAGGACAACACCUUCACCCAACAGUUGCCAGUUGAUAACAUUAGUCAAGGCUUUAGGCCAGAGGUGAGGUAGAAGUGAGUGUAAUCUUAAGUUACUACCAGGUCAUUUUUAUGCCUUGGAAACACAUUCCUUUCUCUUAAGGAACAGAUUUUGGGGUAGUCAAGAUGCAGAGGUGUUCAGUGAAUUCCUGGUGGUAUCAAAAGAUUUCUAACAUCUUUAAUCACUAUAUGGAACUUCAUUUCAAAAAGACUUACAUCUUACCCAAUACUCUAUUGUAAACUCUGGCAGAACAGAAUGUAGUCUACAUGCACCACUUUCACAUUUAGGGGCUUGGCCUUGAGGUGGUGCUAGUGUAAUCACCACAUUACUACUCAAUCGAGACUCUGUUAAGAUAUAAGUGAAUCUGUCAAAAUGUUGCCCAGGUAAUUGCAACAAUUGUCUCUGCUCUAAGAGGGUAAGAUCUCAUUCUCUGGGCGAUGGUAGGAAUGCUGCUUAGCAGUUAGUUUCAUUUGAUCUUUCUUCAUCUAAAUUAAGUUGUAGAUGCACCUGAAACAUAGCUGUGUGUCUCAGUUAUUCUUCUCUCAUUGCUGGGACAAAAACCCAAAAUGAA